CGAGACAACAACACCCAUGACCAUACAUUGUGAUAACCAAGCAGCUAUCCACAUUGCAUCUAACUCAGUUUUUCAUGAGAGGACAAAGCACAUAAAAGUUGAUUGUCACAAGGUGAGACAGAUGAUAAUCCAGUGAGUGAUACUGCCAUUCUAUACACGAAGUGAAGAUCAGCUUGCUGAUGUGUUCACUAAGGCUGCAAGACAUAAGACAAGUGAGUCUAGUCACUCUCGCUGCCUUGGACUCAUGGAUCUCACACCCAACAGCUGAUCCUCUUAACCAUGAAGUCUCCACUUUUUUUUUCUCAUCAAGAUUUUAUUCCAAUAGGUUUUCCUUGGUGAUGUUUUUAAUGAGAGGUCUUCGGUGGUUACUACUUGGACCGCCAUUUCAUCUCUUCGGUGGUAGUUGCAGAGAGUGGUUUGGGGUUGUCGGUUGUGGCGGUUGAGGACUUUGUGUAACUGGAGGAUAAUACACCGGUGAUGGUGGAGGUGGACAUGUUCUAUUAACUUUAUUUAUUCUCUUUACAAGCGUGGAUAUAUACAAUCACAAUGACGGUGUAAAACCCUAAACCGUAUGAGUAUCAAAAUAAGAAAACAUCCUUAUGGAAAUCGGAUAUGGGAAAAUAUACGAUUUUCAUAUUUUCUAAACAUAUGCUCAAUACUCCCUCUAAAAUUGGAGCAUGAAGAUUUUGAAUGCACAACUUGGAUACUAACUUCUGAAAUGGAGCUCCAAAACCUUUGCUUAAGAUAUCAACAAUCUGCAAAUCUGUACAAAUAUGUUGAGUAGUCAUGAUCCCAUCUCGAACAACAUCCUAGACUGAAUACAAUCAUUCUCAGUAUUCUUGGCACAUUCGUAAAAAACAGGAUUUGAAGCGAUCUGAAUUGCUGUUUUAUCACAGAAAAAGUUUGCACCUACGUUGCAUGGAAUCGCCAAUGGAGCCACGAUUCUCACUCCGGAAGCAGAAGCAGAAACGGAAACAGAAGCGUUUGGAAUCGCCUGGAAUCGGCCGGAAACGCCAUUCUUAAAAAUAGAGUUUGCAAUCGUUGUGGAAACUCACGAUUCAAAGUUGGAAUCGUGAUGUUUACAGAUCGGAAACGGUUACUUUUCGUCGUUGCUAGAGUUAGCGUAGAAGAUGUUCACACGUGUUUAUUUAAUAAGCUUUUUAUAUUUUGGCCCAUGUUAGUUUGGAUUGUAGGACCAUAGUUUCACACUAAAAAUACAUAGCUUAUUAAUAAAGUUAAAAUGAAGCCUAUAUAAAAAAAUCAUGCGUAUGUAAAAAAACUAACUUAACGUACAUUUAAAGACAAGUAAAUUCCAAAUCGUUCAAAUUGAAUAGUUUUUAGCUAUGGUUUUAUCUUUUGUCGAAUUACAUCUUCAUAUUCAGUUAUACAUAUAUAUUUAGUUCAUAUAAUUCAAAAAAUCUAAACAAAAUUUUAGAAUGUGUUUUAAGAAUUAUUAGAUUAUGAAGGGUUUGACAUUUGUGUUUCACAAUAAAUAAAUAAAUAUAUAUAUAUAUAUAUCUAAUAAUAUAAAGUAGACAAUUCUCUCAUUCUCCUUCAUCUACGUCAGAUAAUAACUUCUUCUGUGCGCGACACGUAUCAUGAGAGACAAUUUGCUGCGUUUCAUUAAAUCAUCGUUUGGGCGUUUGUUAUAUUUUUAUUUUGGGUUGGGCUAUCAUUUUGUUAUAAAAAAUUGAGUAUUAAGCCCAGUAGAAAGAGAGUCUACAAAAUCAGGGUUUCGUCGUCUUCCUCGAUCAAUCACAAGCUGAACCAACAAUGGCGAUUCUGAAUGUCGAGUAAGACGAAUCGUCCUCCAAAAAGUAUGUGCUAUGCUUUGUUUGCGCCGUUUUGUAUUUUGUUUCUAUCCUCCAAGACGUUACGAUUGAUUCAUCGCAUUUACGACACUUCAUAACUCCAUCAACGCACAUCAAGCACAUUCAAUGAUACUUUUCCAUGUUCAAGGCGGUGCUUUCCCACCUAUAUAUAAUCCGGCCGAUGUUCUUCCACCGUGGAGGUGCGGCUCCUGCGAUUCUGGGAAGCCGUCAACAGCGGUGGCGAUUUGAUGGGAGUGGACAUGCUCCUCCGAUCUUAACUCUCAUAAUCAUAGUGUUUAGAAAAAUUCCAACGACAAUAUUCAUAAAUAAGUAUCAAACAUUUUAUGCAUCUUAGAGUAAUGUUUUGAACAAUUCAGGCGAACACAUUCAUAAGUAUCAAACUUUUAGUUUUUAUUUUUGUUUAAUAUCUUCUAAAUGCUCUAUUUUGAUGUGUUUGUUGAUGAUGCUUUUUUCACAAUUGUUUCAGUCCACCCUCAUGCCAGCCACCGUUAAUAUUCACCCACUUGACGCUUUCAGCACCGUCUCAAGGCAGGUUCGAUGUUCACACUCAGAACUACAGGCUCUCCGACUCUUAUGAUGAUUUGGGUCAGUGAUUCAACCAAUUUCAAUGUGUUAACCCGAUUCCGGCAGAGCGUUUUUUCCAAAUCAUGAUUCGCUGCUUGGCCUAGACAAGACUAACCCACAACUUCCAGAUGUUCUUGGUGAGCUAACCUCUAUGAAAAGUACAAUGAGUGACAGUCCUCAAGGAAGACAUUCAAGGAUCAACGUGUUUUGAGUGUUUUACAUCACUCUAUCUGGCUCUGUUUUCAAAUACCAACUACGCGGCAUCCAUUACAGGGGAAGCAACAUAUGCCCUUCUGAAGAAAUAACUCAGUGAAACCAAGGAAUCAUAUUUCCAGAAACAAAUAAUUUAAAUUUGAAAACUCAUUCUCCUCUUUCCAGUUACUACUGAAACACAUACGGGUGGUUAAAGUUUGUGCCAUUUCCAAAUAUUGACUUUUCUAAUAUAGCAGUUUAGCAUGUGUUAUUUUCUGCGUCACUAUAAAGGACCAAUGUAAUAUCUCACAUAAUAAAUUAAGUUGAAGAUAAUGGCACAUCAAGCCUAUCAGUUAGAGCUUGGAAAUGAAUCACCAACUUCAGCCAUAUAAAAUUAUAUCACAGAAAUACAACUGUAUAAAGCCCUGUUCGAAACUACGCUAGGCGCUAGUCGGGCAGCAAUUACGGACCUAGCGAGUUACCAAAAAAUCGGGGAUUAAUCGGGAUAUACCCGGGGACUAGUUUAAUUAUUAUUUUAUUUAAUUAUAAUAUUUAAAUUAAAUAUAAAAUAUAAAUAUAUUAGAAUGUAAUAGUUUUUUUGUAUGUUAUCAUUGAAAUUUAUAUUUAUUAGUUGAACAAAAUUAAUUAUUAGCAUAUGUUAAUACCAUACAAGUGGAAAACAAAUUAAUCUAGACUAGUUUUUGAAUAUUCAUAUAUGUAUACGCGUCUAUAUAUUAAUAUUUGCGUACAAGUAACAAAAUUUCGCUUUUUCUCAUUGGUAAUGUCACAUGUUCUUAGGCCGAAUAACCUGUGUUCGAAGCUCUCCGCCUGCAAUUUAUUAUUUUCGCAUUGUUUGCAUUGAUUUACAAAAGUUCCACAUCGGUUGCUGAGGAAAAGAGAUUCAAAAUCUUAAUAGAGUUCACAUGUUUGGGAAAGAAUAAGGUAUUUGGGCUUCGGAUUUCUUCUAAAGCCCGAUAUAUAUUUUGCAGUUUAUUAUUAAGCCUUAUAUAAUCGGGCUGAUUAAACGGUAAAUGAGCCGCUUAGUUGGUUAAUGGGCUGAUUAAUCGGUCUAAUGGGCCGAGUAAGUUGAGUCCGAUUUUGUAGGGCGAUUAUACCAAAAUCGCGGCGGGUGAUGUCCGAGUCCCGCCUACUCGGACGCCUAGACGGCCAGGCGGCCGCGUUUUUGAACAGGGGUAUAAAGUAACAACCCUUUAUCUAAUGAUUAAUAUGCUAAGCGCAAGUUAUAACACUUAUUAUCUGUUUUCUCACAUAAACACCAUUGUAGCCAAGGUUUUGUAGGAGAGGAAUUUAGCAUUCUCACACAAGGCCCAUCGGUUAAUAAGAUUCGGACCAACUUUAUCAGGAGACUAACCAGGAUCUAACAUGACGAUCGGUGUUAGAAUCCAAGCUAAUCAACUGGGCCUCGCGAUCGACUGGAUCAGUCUUGGCCCAUCAGGCCAUCGCUCGAUCGACUCAGCCUCCCGAUCAAAUGACCGACUGGAUCAGUAUCGGCCCAUCAAGCCAUCGCUCGGCUGGAAAGCCCAUUAAACAUCAAAUUAAGCCCAAACUGCCAGGGCGAACGAGUGAGAGACAUGUAGAGCCUAUAAAAGGAGAAUGAAUGGGAAGAAGAAAGGGAUCCGCAAAUAGACACUAAGAGAUUGACGGCAAGAUCUAGGGUUUACGAUCAAUCGCCUUGCUUAGUGUUUCUGUCGGAGUCUUUCAACAAAGCUCCAACCUUUUCCUUCUUUCCCUAAUCUCUUUGUAACCUCGACUGUUUACCUCAUAUUGUGAAUAGAACGUCUUUGUAAGACCCACAAAAACCGAGUUCAUUUCACUAUCGUUCAACCUACCAAACUUGUACUCAACAUUUGGCGCCCACCGUGGGGCCUUACAAAGUAACGUUCACAAACUCAGUAUGAGUCCGACGACACACCCGCUGACGGUAACCGACCGUCGGUCUCUUUCACGCCGGCUCCUGACGCUCCGGUCGCACCGAACCAAUCUGUUCCCGAGAUGCUACAGGCCAUCAUGGCACGUUUCAUUCAACAAGAAGAAACCAACAAAGCUACGAGCGACCGUCUGGCUGCACUCGCUGCUGCUCUCGGAACCCUAGAUGGUGAAAACGACAGAGCUGAAACGGCAAGAAGAAGGUUGUUCGCAACCGAAAACCCUAACCUUGGAGUCGAACGACCAACAGACAAAGCAAACCCUACGAACGGUGAAGUUGCACAAACGACUGACGGCUCAGACUCUCUGACUAGCCGCCAGAUCGCCGAUCUGCAACUCUCACUGUGGGACAUCCAUUCCAAGAUACAUCAUGUCAAGGCAUCCACCCCAGAGAUUGAACACGUUCUCGCCACCACCCGGCGAAACUCUUUCACCCAGCGGAUAACGAAAGUUAAGAUCAAGAAGACGGAGAAACUCCGUAUCCCUCCAUAUAAGGGAGAUUCUGAUCCGACCGAUCACAUGACCGCUUUCAACAUCGCUAUGGGUCGAAAUCACUUUUCCGACGAAGAGAAAGACGCAGGCCUCUGCCAACUCUUCGUCGAGAGCCUUUCCGGACCGGCCCUAAGUUGGUUUUCACAUUUGAAAGAAGGUUCGAUCCAUAGCUUCGACGACCUGUCCGCCUUUUUCCUCAAAAACUAUAUCAUGUGGUCCUGUCAAGGAACAUCCAUGGCCGACCUAUGGAAGUUGUCACAAUCGCAAAACGAGAGUCUAAAGGACUUUAUGGAAAGAUUCAAGCAAGUACUAUCAACGGUAUCUACCCCGGAUCACACUACCGUCGAAGCUUUGACCAACGCUCUUUGGAUCAACUCCAAGUUUUGCGAUUACCUCGGGACUAACCCAACCAUAACCAUCGAAGACGCUCUGCACGACUCAAAGAACUUUAUCAAAAUGGACGAAGAUAGGUGAGCUUACAA